CGAUCAUUCCACGCCACUGAAGACGCUAGGCCCAAAUUGAAUUGCGAACGGCCGCCACCUUUCCCCAUAUUUCCACUACCCCGUUCGGAUCUUCUCAUCUCAACCUCUCAUUAAUCGAUCCUGUUCUCAACUCAACUUCCCAGCUCCGAAAUCUGCAGGUGCGUGUUUUUCAGUGGACUUCAGUUACUCCGACGGUCUCUACCAUUGGAUAGAGCAUAUGCCAAGGGUUACACAUUCGGUUGCCACAGCCUUCUGGACAUCAAUCAAGCGUGAUAAUCCAUCAACAUUGCGGGCCGACUGAUUCUGAUCGACUGUUGAAAGUUGGAAAUUGAGCCAUAUUUUACAGUUCCAUUCAACGAAGUCCGAUUCUGGAACACUUCUAUAUUCGCUGGAAAGAACUUCAAUUCCCCAUCAUCAUCAAUUCGCAUCCCCAAUCCCUACCUACCUAGAAGAUUGAAACAUACAUCUAUCAUCCCAUAACCAACCAUGUCACCAUCACAACCAAAUAUCCUCAUCAUAGGCGCCGGCGUGAUAGGCCUGACCAAUGCGCUCGUCCUACGCGAGAAGUACCCAACAGCCCCGAUCACCAUCGUUGCAAAACACUUCCCCGGCGACCGGUCCAUCGAGUACACCUCGCCGUGGGCGGGCGCCAAUUGGUGCUCGAUGGCGCACGACAACGGGCUCCUAGAGCAGUGCGAUAGGAUUUCAUUUGAGAGGUUCAAGGGGUUCGUGGAGAAGGGGUUGACGUACGAGACGGGGGUCGCGGAGAUGGGGUUGCGGGCGGUUUUUGAUGCGCCAAUCGAGCAGACGGGCAUCAUCACUGAAGAGACGGGAAAAGUGUGGUAUGAUGAACUGGUUGGAGGCUUACAGCACGUCAAGAAAGAAGAGCUACCGUCUGGAGCAACAUUCGCCGUCGACUUCCCUCAAACAUUCCACAUCAACACGCAAACCUACCUUGGAUGGCUACAAAACCAAGCCCUCAGCAAAUCCAUCCGCACAGUCCGCCGACACCUCCCCUCCCUCGCCUCCCUCCUUUCCUCCUUCCCCAGCACCACCAUCCUCCUAAACUGCACAGCCCUAGGCUCUUACUCCCUGACCGACGUCCGCGAUCUAAACCUGUAUCCGACGCGGGGCCAAACCGUCCUCGUCGCCGAGCCCGCCACCCCAAUCCCCCGCAUGUAUCUCCGCUCUCCAGCCCGCAUCGACCCCUCGACGACCUACGUGUUCCCGCGCCCGCACGGCGGCGGCGUCGUGCUCGGCGGGUGCCGGCAGGACGGGAACUGGAGCGCCGACGUCGACCCGGAACUCGCGGCGGACAUCGUGAAGAGGUGCUGCGCGUUGUGCCCCGAGUUGGGACGGCCGGAGGAUCUGCAGGUUAUUAGUCAUAAUGUUGGACUGAGGCCUGGCAGGAAGGGGGGACCGAGGAUGGAGGUCGAGAGGAGGAGGGAGGAGUGGGGGGAGGGGGUGAGCGUCGUGCAUUGUUAUGGACACGCUGGGGCGGGGUAUCAGGCUUCGUGGGGUGUUGCGGAACAUGUCGCGGGUUUGGUGCAGAAGACGUUGGAGCCGGGGUCGAAACUAUGAUUCCUUCCAUUCCUAUCAGGAUCGCCAAAGACGACAGACGUGUAUUGCACAUAAGAAGAUGGUAGAAUUCAAGUAAGCCAUUGUCGCUGUAGCCACGAGAAACCAGGUACAAUCCCGCGCCAUUGGAGGCAGCAACGGCAGACGUGAGCGAUGGAUGAUACAUCAAUUCACUAGGGGGAGAUUCGUUGCACAUGUUGUGAUAGACAUGCAUGAAAGUCACUACAUAAAGUUUUAAUACCAUAAAUCAGCAUACACUUGCG